UCGCUCAAGCACGGCUGAUGACAACGGAAUCGUCACCGGGCUUGGUCCUGACACCGCCUGCUACUACACGGUGCAGCGACGACGCUGCGCAAGGCGGCCGGUAGCACAUAGGCACACACCCGGUGCUGCGAGGCGUCGCGGGACUUGCCAAGAGCAGUAUGCCAUUCUGGUCCUUCAGCCCUUCCGCUGCCUCUGGCCACGACAGCAAGAGCUUGCUCUCGGCUGUUUCGACGGGCUACACUGCACAGCCUCGCUCUCCGACGUUCACUGCAGCUGCAGGAGCCGCAGACGGCGCACCUGGUACGCCAGCCGCAGAAGCGUCCUCCGCUUCAGCCUCUCCUCUUUCAGCUCCACCCGCAUCGUUACUAGGAAAGCGUCGAUCGAUCUGCAAUGGGAGGUAUUGCUCCGGCAUGGACAGUGCGGAUGGGGCUUCGCCAGCGCGUGUCGCAACAGGUACCGGAGUAGGAAGCGCGGGCGGGGCGGGCGGGAGCGACGUGGUAUCGAACAGUUCGUCGCAGGCGUCCUCGCCGUCCCUUUCUGCACGCCUUCAUCCUGCAAGCCGCUUCAAGACGAUGCACCCCUCGUCGGCCUCGCCUGCAUUAGCCACUGCCAGGCCUUCUUCCUGCCCCGAUACAGCUCUGGGCUCGGCAACCACUCAGCAAGACGUUGUGGUCGAAGCAGCAACGUUCAUGUCCGAUCUACCCUCUUCCCUGCGCACUUCAACAUCGUCUAGCUUAAAUUUGGCGCCCUCAUCUAACCCGAUCGCUUCGGCUUCUGCUGCGGCGGCGAGUCAAACUCUCAAAGCAGGGCGAAGCAGUGGCGGUGGCAGUAGUAGCGGAAGCGGCAGUGCAAGCAUGAGCCGCAGCACGAGCAGGGCACCAGAGGGGCCGAACUGCGCUGUGUCAGGAGACAGGAGUUUGGCGGGAGAAGUCCAUGCAUUUCCCGGGUCCUCCGGGGAAGCGACCGGCGUCAAGGUUGUGCCGGCGCUUUUUGAUGAUGCAGAUCCAGAAGAUGUCAUCAACCUCGUGGGUGAGUCCGAUAUGCUCGCGCGAUUAGUGGAGCACAACGACCACCUACCCCUCCACCCCUCCUCGCUGACCCGCUUCCAUUCGCGUGCGGCGCCGCAGAUCUCCGUCCUUUCAUACCUGCGCCGCAUAGCCAAGUACACAUCCCUGGAGAAGGUGUGCACGCUGAUACUGCUCAUCUACAUUGAUCGCGUCAGCAGCACGGUACAAGGUGCGACGUUCACCAUCUGCACUCUCACCGUUCACCGAUUCGUGUGCGCCGCCACGGUGUGCGCUAGCAAGGCGCUGUGCGACGCGUUCUCCACCAAUGGACAUUAUGCCAAAGUGGGGGGUAUCAGCUUGAUCGAGCUGAACAUGCUGGAGAAAGAGUUCCUCAACUUGAUCGGGUGGCAUCUUAUCUGCACCGGACCUCUGCUACAGCAAUACUAUGCGUCGCUCGUACGCUCACAUCCUGGGUAUGCGCUGGCGAAAACACCAGCGGGCUCUGCGAGUGCAGAUGCGAGAGUAGCAGCAGCUCUCGCGACUCAUGCCUCGUUAGCGGCAGGGAAGCAGGCAACGGGACUGGCAUCUGAGCCGUAUUUAGCGCCAUGCCCGCCGGUUGAUGCGGGCGACAUGCAGGGGAGGGAAGGCACGCAAGACCUGGAAAUGGCGGACGAACCAGCCGCGCAGAUGAGCCACAGCGGUUGCGGCGGCGGGGGCUCCGCAAUGUCAGAUAUCGCAGACCCGACUCAGCAGGAAGGGGAAGGGCUGCGCGAUAAAGGCUGACGCAUGCACGUCCAAGUGUAUGUUCCCGCAAUGACAUGAAUGCAUUGCCAUUUUCCACACACUUUUGCUGUGCAACGACAAGUUGCCGACAGCUGGCGCUGAUGAUGUUGAUGGUGUCAAUACAUUGCGAAUUCGUACU